GUCUUCUCUGUCCUCUCUCUUCUCUCUCUCCUUUUCUCCAAACUCGAUUUGCAGAAGUUAUUGAAUUUAGAUUGAGUUUAUCUGGGCGGAUUGAAUCGGGACGGGUUUAUUGCUUUAUUCCUGCUGCGCCAUUGGGUUAUCGGCAGGAUUGAUUGUGUAUUCCGUUCAAGAUGAGAUUGCGGAGCGGGCUAGACGCGAUUGAUCUGAAAGAGGAUUCUGUUGGAACGAAAAGGACGAAAAUUGAAAAGAAACCGGCCAGAAACUGGAAUGUGGGGUCUGAUGAUCCGCCUAAAAGUGGUAGGGUUUUGAGGUCGAGGACGGUAGCUAUGAGCGAUGGUGAGAAGAAGGAGAUAACCUUGGAGAUUGGAAAUAUUGACGAGGAUAUUGAUGUAAGUGAGACGUCUGUGUUGGAAAACACCGAUGAUGCAGAGGCGCCUGCUGUACUGGAAGAGGAAAAGCCGAUUCUCAAGCGUGGGAGGGGAAGGCCUCCAAAAUCUGCUGGUAAACGUGAGGCUACUGCUCCUAUGAUUAAGAGGAAGAAAGGCAAGCGGGGGAGGCCGCCAAAAUUGGGAGGUCAAUUUAAGGUGAAAGUUAAUAUUGAGGUUUCCGCUUCAAGUAUUCCGAAGCGUGGGCGCGGAAGGCCUCCGAAGGUGAAAGUUGAUAGUGAAGUUUCCUCUUUGAGCAUUCCGAAGCGUGGGCGCGGAAGGCUUCCCAAAACAGAAGUUAAAAGUGGUAUUCCCUCAUUGCCUUCUAAAAAGGAAGAUGAUGGUGAGGUAACCGGGCAGAAUGUUUCCAUGAGUGGUAUUGGUAAUGAUCAAGAUCAAGGAGGUAAAGAGCACAAAAGGAAGAGGGGAUGGCAGAAGGGAAGGCCACGCAAGGUGGUUAGUGAAAGCAUUGGAUUGGUCACCGAGAAUAACAGUGCUCCAAGCAAUACUGAUAGUGGGAAAUCUGAACAUGAAGUUUCAGCCAAGAGGUUGAAGGUAGGGGAAGAUGCUCCAGGGGAUUGUGUUAAGGAGCAGAUACAACCUGCAGCAGAGGAUGCUGCUGGAAAGACCAUGGGACUUAGGGAGCAGAAGCAGUUAGUGAGGGAUCAGAUAGUUGCCAUGCUUAAGAAGGCUGGGUGGACUAUCGAAUAUAGGCAAAGACAAUCAAGAGAUUACCAAGACGCUGUUUACGUUGACAGGGAUGGGAAAACUCACUGGUCAGUGACUUUGGCAUACCAAAAGCUUAAGAAUAAAAUUGACAAUGGAAAUGGGGAUGAUAUAGAUGUGUGUGCAUUUACUCCAAUACCAGAGGAAACGCUCAGUGUGCUAUUCAAGAUCUCUAAGAAAGACGAGAAUGGAGGUCAAAACAAGAAACUUCCUGGAAAGAGAAUGAAAAAGGAAUCUAAAAGUAAACCAUCUGAUGAAAGGGGUAGAAAAAGGCGAACCUUGUUGGCUCGUAGACCAAGGGAUCCGUCUAACAGUGAUGGUUAUCAAUUGUAUGAGGGGAAGCGCACUUUGCUCUCAUGGAUGAUUGAUUUGGGAACUGUUUCUCUUGGCUGGAAGGUGAAAUAUAAGAAGGGGAAGUGUAAGAAGAUACUACUUGAGGGGAUGAUUUUUAAGGAAGGGAUCUGUUGCGACUGCUGCAAUAUAGUGUAUACAGUUCAAGGUUUUGAUUCUCAUGCAAAAAGUACGUGUGGGAAACCAUACGAGAAUAUAUACCUUGAUUCUGGGAAAUCUCUUUCACAGUGCCUGGUAGAUACCUGGGGAAAACACAUGGAGUUGGAUAACAUUCAAUAUGCUUUGGUGGAUGUGGAAGGUGAUGAUCCCAAUGAUGACACAUGCAACGUAUGCGGUGAUGGCGGCGAUUUGAUCUGUUGUGAUAGCUGCCCGUCAACUUCACAUCAUGGCUGUUUACAUAUUGAAGUUCCUACUGGAGAUUGGCACUGUGAGUACUGUUCCUGCAAAUUCUGUGGAAUGGCAUGUGGAAUUACCGCAACCGCUGAUGACUGCAAUGCACUGUCUGAGUUGUACAUAUGCAGUUUAUGUGAGGAGAAAUUUCAUAUACAUUGCACUGAAGUGACAAGUGGCAGUGGUAUUGACGAUGAAAAUCCAUCCUUUUGUGGGGAAGAAUGCUCAAAGAUUUUUCAGCAAUUACAGGUUCUUAUUGGGGUUAGACAUGAACUAGAAGAAGGGUUUUCCUAUACUAUUCUCCGUCAUCAUCCUGUUAACAGAGAUGCUUCUGCCGAUGGGAACUCCUUUUUGGUAGAAAACAAUUCAAAGUUAGCCAUUGCUUUCAAUAUUAUGGAUGAAUGCUUUGAGCCUAUCAUAGAUGAGCGAAGUGGAAUCAAUUUGAUUCACAAUGUUGUCUACAGCUGUGGGUCAAAUAUCAAGCGGUUGAACUAUGAUGGAUUCUAUACCUUUGUCCUAGAGAAGGGUGACGAGCUUUUGGCUGUGGCGUCAAUAAGAAUCCAUGGAACUCCCUUAGCAGAGAUGCCUUUCAUUGGAACGCGAUUUAUUUACCGUCGGCAAGGGUUGUGCAGACGCCUUUUAACUGCAAUUGAAUCGGUUCUCCAGUCACUCGGCGUUGAGAAACUAGUUAUACCCGCAAUAUCUGAGCUCAACGAAACGUGGACAAAAGUGUUCAAUUUUGCGCCUCUCGAAGAAUCUACAAGGCUAGAAAUGAAGCAUAUGAGCCUUGUUGUAUUCCCUGGCGUAGCCAUGCUGCAGAAACCCCUCUCUAACCCACAAAUCAAUUCUGCAGCACACGCCAACAAAGUUGGCAACGAUCAUCAAAAUCCUCCAUCGGAUUCAAAAUCAGGAGAAGCUCAUUGUGAGAAAGACAGCACCCAAGCGAACCUAAGCAAUGACAGUGAAGAUCUUUCUGCCCCGAGUUCUGAAUCCGGUGACGGGAUUCCUUUAAAAGGCGACGGAGGAUCCCAUGUCGGGGAAAGUAAGUAAUUAAGGAUAUGUAAAAUAUGAUGGGAAGGGGAAGAUUGAAGAACAGAAGUGGUGCUGCUUGGGGAAAUAUAUGUGCCAUCUGCAGACUUCUUUAAAACCCCAUCAAUUUAAUGGUAACAGUUAUUAUGAUUAAAUAGAAAAAUACUAUAAUACACAGAGAAUGGUAGAAUUUCCUUUUUUGAGAUUAGAUGUCUAUAAACUAUAAUUAGCUUGUAAAGGAAAAUUCAAUCUGGCCAGAGAUUUGUUGCCGAUUGCCCUUUUGUUUAUCAAAUUUUCUAUACAACGGCCAUUGGAAGCACUGUGAUGUUAAGUUUAUUAUUUUAGAACUUUAGAUGGACCAUAUUUGUAAAUAUAUAUUUUUUUUUAGCUAAAAUGGUUCUC